AAAUUGCAACGUCUCCAGAAUUCCGCAGCGCGACUUAUCACCCAAACACCCAGAUACUGUCAUAUUACCCCAGUGCUGCUUGCACUGCAUUGGUUACCGAUGAAGUUCCGAAUUUGCUAUAAAAUCGCUAUGAUCUCUUUCAAGGCUAUUCAUAAUAUCGAGCCUGCAUACUUGAGUAAUCUCAUAAAUAUUGAACAAUGUUCUCGCUAUAACCUGCGGAGUAAUGUGGGCGUUAUUUUGCAAGAUCCUACCGCUAAGUUCAGAUGCACUCUUGGAGACAGAUCAUUCACUGCAGUUGCUCCAAAGAUAUGUAACAGUUUACCGGACUAUAUUAGG